AGAAAGAGAAAGAGAAAGAAAGGAUAAAGGGGAGAGAAAAUGGAGAAAAGUAAAAAGAAAGAAAAAGAAAAAAGAAAAGAAAAAGUUUUGAUUGCACUCAGAGAGAGACGGAGAGAGCGGGUAGCAGCCCCCCCCUCCCGGAGUGAGUUAGGGAGGCGUAGCCCGGGGAGGCUGAAAGAAAGGGUUGGCACGCUGCUGCGAGCAAGGACAGCUGUACUCUUCUAUGGACACCGUCAGGAUGUGACAUCACUAACGCGGAGAGAGAAAAGCCCCGAAGUUUCUUUAAUGAAAACUCCUCCAGCCAAGGUUCCUUGCGUGGGAUCUUUCAUUGCAGCGCUCUUGAUAAGCCGCGGGCACUUUUAAGGAGGGCGGCAGGAAUCCUUCUCUUCUCCUUGGCUCCAGAGGGAGCAACUUUUAUUCGGCUCGGCUGCGCAGGAGGCGGAACCAUCCAGAUUAUUAUUUCUUUAAUUUUAAUUUUUGCCCGUUGGGAAGACUGGUCCUCCUUGUCACCACCCUGGCUGGUUCCAGCCCAGAAUGGCUUUGUGCCUUAAGCAAGUUUUCAACAAAGACAAAACCUUCCGCCCCCGGAAGAAAUUUGAGCCAGGGACCCAGCGUUUUGAGCUGCACAAGAAAGCUCAAGCCUCUCUGAAAUCGGGACUUGACCUGAAAGCUGUGGUCCAGCUUCCCCCAGGGGAGAACAUCAACGACUGGAUCGCGGUGCACCUUGUGGACUUCUUCAACAGGAUAAAUCUCAUCUAUGGGACCAUGUCAGAAUUCUGUACUGAGAAGAGCUGCCCCAUCAUGUCGGGUGGCCUCAAGUAUGAGUACCGGUGGCAGGAUGACUACCGCUACAAGAGGCCCACCAAGCUGUCGGCGCCCCAGUAUAUGUGCAUGCUGAUGGAAUGGAUCGAGACCUUAAUUAAUAACGAGGACAUAUUUCCUACCAGGAUAGGUGUUCCUUUCCCCAAGAACUUCCAGCAGGUCUGCACCAAGAUCCUCACCCGUCUCUUCAGAGUCUUUGUCCAUGUCUACAUCCACCAUUUUGACAGCAUCAUCAGCAUGGGUGCCGAAGCUCACGUCAACACCUGCUACAAGCACUUUUACUACUUUAUCAGCGAGUUCAGUUUGGUCGACCAAAGGGAAUUAGAGCCUCUGAAAGAAAUGACAGAAAGGAUUUGCCAUUAAGAUCAUUCGGGCAUCAUUUGAACGGACAAGCUGUCCUCAUGAGGGCCUCACACGGUGAUCUGAACGACUACUGCUGGGAAUAUGAGGAACUUUGUGUUCCAGGGACUGAAACAUUUGGAAAUAGUGGACCCCAGUAGGGCCAGUAGAUAUACAGUAUGGACCUAAUAACAGUAUGUUCCUGUCUCUUGUACUCUGCCCUAGUGGCUGGAGCUGUGUGUCAUUUUGGUUUCAUUUUGUCCUCCAGACCAGAGACCCACCUCCUCCUAAGUUGUUUCACACUUUUUUGAAGUGCAAAGGGGGAAAUAACCUGAGAAUUCCUCCACCGAGAACCGAAGAAAAAUGAUGAAUUUAUUCCACAUAGAAGACUACGUUCAUCCCCUUUAGUCUAUCAAAGUGAAGAAGGUUCACAAGGAACAUGCCCUGCCUUGUACCGCAUUGGGGGGAAAUGGUUCACUAUCACCCUACCCUCCUCCAUUAUUAUUUUUAAUGAGCUACUGAUUAUUCCUCUCUCUAUAUGCUUUCGUCAGGAGAACCAGAGAUGCUAGGAAGAUACCAGACUACUGGGAAUGCUGGAUUGGAAGAACAUCCCCCCCUCCCCAGUAAGAUGUCAUUCGUAGAAAUUAAUAGUACAGUGGAACCUCGGGUUAUGUACCGUCCUCCUUACGAACGUUUCGGGUAACGAGCUCCGCUAUCCUGGAAGUAGGUGUUCUGGGUAGCGAACUUUGCCCCGGGAUGCGAGCGGAAGUCGUGCGCCAGCAAGAGGCUCCAUUAGCGAAAGCGCGCCUCAGGAUAAGAACGGUUUCGGGUUAAGAAUGGACCUCCGGAACGAAUUAAGUUUGUAAACGGAGGUACCACUGUAAUAGAACUGGGUGGAAUGAAACAACAAUUUGCUUCAGUUUUUCCUUAGCUUUCAGAGCAUCCACACAACAGCCCACAUGUAAAUAUUUGCAGUCCAGUACAUCAAAAACAGAGGGACGCAGGUGGCGCUGUGGUUAAACCACUGAGCCUAGGGCUUGCUGAUCAGAAGGUCGGCGGUUCGAAUCCCUGUGACGGGGUGAACUCCCGUUACUUGGUCCCAGCUCCUAGCAGUUCGAAAGCACAUCAAAAUGCAAGUAGAUAAAUAGGAACCGCUACAGUGGGAAGGUAAACGGCGUUUCCAUGUGCUGCUCUGGUUCUCCAGAAGCGGCUUUGUCAUGCUGGCCACAUGACCUGGAAGCUAUACGCCGGCUCCCUCGGCCAAUAAUGCGAGAUGAGCGCGCAACCCCAGAGUCGGUCACAACUGGACCUAAUGGUCAGGGGUCCCUUUACCUUUACCUUUUACAUCAAAAACAGAAGGCAGGAGCAUCCCAGUAGGGUGCCAGCAGAAUACAUAUUUUCAGGUUGCACAAGUAAAUGAGCCAAUGUGUGUGCCAAGGGGGAAGCACAAGCCCUACAAAGACUGAUACCAAUCCCAGAAAUGGGAUCAGUGCCAUAAAACAAUCAACAGUUGCUAAAGAGAAUUGAAGUUAUGGAACAUGCAGAUCUUGUACUUUUGAGGAGCUUUGAUGCAUUUUUUUAAAACUAUAGAAAAUACUAUAGAAAA